AUGACCCGCCUCUUCACCACCCUCCUAGCCCUCACCGCCAGCCUCGGCGGCGCCCACGCAGCGCCCGCAACCGAGCACCACCACGGCGACACCCCCUCCUGCAUCGACACCACCAACGCGGCCCUGCUCGCCGAAAACUGGGGCUGGAUGGUGGCCUCCUGGACCCUCAACGUGACCAAAUCCCGCGAGCUCCUCCUCUCCUCCAUCGCCGAGGUCGGGUUCACCGACUACUCCGACAGCAUCCGGGACGUGGAAUCCCUCGGCUGCACCAACGGCCCGGAACCCUUGGACGAUUCCCGCGAGGCGUUUGAGGCCGACCAGCAGGUUCUGCCGCCGUUUGUGUUUAAUGUGCAGAAGGUGUGGCAUAGCUGUGAUACGGUGACAUUCCUGUGGGAGAGCCCCGCGACGAAGGAGACUGGGCAGAGGAGUCGGGGGAUUGUGUUGUUGGAGGUGGUCGAGAGUACCGUGGGGCCGGCGCCCAGGAGCCCGACUCAUGUUAUUCAGACGGCGUAUUCGGAGUUUAAUACGGUGCCGUUUUUGGUGAAUGGGGGGGUGUUUGUGCCGAAGAACUGCUCGGCUGCUGCGCCGACUAUUCCGAAUUAA